AUGGUGCUGAUUUUUUUUGGACUAAGUGUGUGGAUCCAAAAAAAGAGUAAACAAAUGGAAGAAAAAAAUACAAUUGCAAAAUUACAAGACCAACGAACUUCCCCUCCAAAAGCUCAGAUUCCCAUGUGCACACCUCUCAAAAAACUAAACAAAUGUGGAGGUAAACCCAGCCCUGUUCAUCCUGUCCUGUAUAUGAGAAGCCAACCCACCAGCCAGCGCGCAACCAAAACACACCAUAACCUUUGGCCCAAGCACGCAGCACGCACCAGGAAGAAAAUUCAAAAAAAAAUCAGAGCGAGCUUACCGCUUUACCGCUCUUUGUCCACUUGCUGUUUUGAGAUGCUUACAGGGCAGGAGUACAGGCUUUGGAUGGAGUUGGAACUUGAGAUGCGCUUUGGACAGGGCUAG